GAGGCGCAGUUGGAGCCCCGCCGCCGCCGGGGCGCGCGCCGCUGCCCGCAUGGCCGCCACCAAGGCGCUGCAGCAGUGGUGCCGGCAGCAGUGCGAGGGCUACCGGGACGUGAACAUCACCAACAUGACCACGUCGUUCCGCGACGGCCUGGCCUUCUGCGCCAUCCUGCACCGCCACCGGCCUGACCUCCUAGACUUCAAUGCUCUCAGGAAGGAAAACAUUUAUGAGAACAACAAACUGGCCUUCCGUGUGGCCGAGGAGGAGCUGGGCAUCCCAGCCCUGCUGGACGCUGAGGACAUGGUGGCCCUGAAGGUGCCUGACCGGCUGAGCAUCCUGACCUACGUGUCCCAGUACUACAACUACUUCCACGGACGCUCCCCCAUUGGGGGCAUGGCUGGUAUCAAAAGACCCUCAUCGGAGUCCAGCGAGGAGCCGUCUGGGAAGAAGGCCACAUCCCAGCCGGCCAGGCCCUCACCCACUGCAGCCCGGGAGCAGCCACUGUCUCCAGCCAAUAGAAACCCCACCAUCCAGUGGAAGGACGGCAGCUCAGGCGGCCUCCUGCCAAAGACCGCCUCGCCGAGCAGCUCAGUCAGCAGCACCUGUGGGGUCUGCGGCAAACACGUGCACCUUGUGCAGCGACACCUGGCCGACGGGAAACUCUACCACCGGAGCUGCUUCAGGUGUAAGCAGUGCUCCAACACGCUGCACUCUGGGGCCUACAGGCCCACCGGCGAGCCCGGCGUCUUCGUGUGUUCCAGCCACCACCCCGAAGCCACGUCCGCAAGCCCCACGUUGCGGGCCCCGGGCCCCCGACAGCCAAGGGCUGUGCCCUCGGACUCCCAGCCACGCAGUGCCCCGUGGAAGGCCCAGGAGGCAAAUGGGCUCCGAGACACAAGGCCAAAAGCCAGGCCAGCGGCCCCGGAGCCGGUGGUGGGCAGCUCAGCGGCCAAGGGUGUCCCCACUCCAGCUGAGCCUCCGGCCGCCACCUCCUCCCACGUCCACGCGGGUAGCUCAGCCGGGCCCAGUUUCUUGGCGGGCCUCCAGGGUGGCAAAGCCAGCAUGCGUGUGGCCAACAGCUCCCCAGCGGGGUCGUCACCGCUGGUCCAGGACACAGCAGCUGUCAGCUCCCGUCCUGCCCUGAUGCCAAGUGCCACGGACUCUCACCUGGCCACCCCACAGGGCCCAGGGACCCCCCAUGUGGCAGCCCCCCAGACCAAGGUCAGUGUGGGCCCAGCGUCUCCAGUCCUAGCAGACACCCCAGACGGCACCCCAUCAGCUUCCAAGAUGCAGCAGGCCCGCGAGAGAUUCUUCCAGACUCCCGGGGCCACCCCCAGCCCCGGCCUGGCGGGCAGGGCCCCAGCUCCAGCAGAUGUGGCUUCUGGGGACAGCAGCAGGGAGCAGGCACUCAGCUGCCUCCGGAAGGCCCUUCCCAGGCUCGGGGACACCGGGGCCCAGCUGCCUGGCAGACCCUCCCCUGCUCUGCAAUCCCAUACCAGAACCGAAGGACCACAAGCAAGUCCAUCAGCCAAGCUGGCACAGCUGGCAUCUCCCCGGGCCCUUAGCCCCCCGGCGAGGCCUGAGCUUCCAGCCCCCCUGAAGGUGGGCACCAUGUCAGGGGCAGCCACAUCGCCCCAGGCGGGCAGGAAGAGCCCGCCUGUGUGCUCCGGGGCCAGUCGGGCGAGUGCUGGCUCCAGGCCGAAGCCAGAGGCCCCACCAGUGAAGGGCAUGAGUGCCAGCCCCCAGGAAGACCAGGAGGACGGGCCGGCAGGAUGGAGGGCCCGCUUGAAGCCGGUGAAGAAAAACCCUGCUGAGAGGGUCCUGGCAGAGCCCCGGACUGGUGAGGCACUUGGGAAGGCCCGUGAGAGCUCCGAGGGGCCCGUCCACAUUCCCCCGACCCCUCUUUCGCCUGACAGGACGGUGGGUGCAGCUAGCCCUCCACCCAGCCCCUCAGCAGGGAAGACCUUGGGUUCGGCUGGUGUCCCCUCUUCAACCAGCAAGGCAGUGACCAACCCCGCCAAGCUGCCCCCUAACUACAUGCCCCCGGAGGAGAUCCAGAGGCACAUGCAGGACAUCGAGAACCAGCUGGACGUCCUGGAGCUCAGGGGCGUGGAACUGGAGAAGCGUCUCCGUGCCGCUGAGGGAGAUGCCUCCGAGGACACCCUCAUGGCGGACUGGUUCCAGCUCAUCCACGAGAAGCAGCUGCUGCUGCGGCAGGAGUCGGAGCUGAUGUACAAGGCCAGGGACCAGCGGCUGGUGGAGCAGCAGUUGGACCUCGAGGGGGAGCUGCGGCAGCUGAUGGCCAAGCCCAAGUAUCUGAAGUCCCUCCAGGACCAGCAGCGUGAGGAAGAGCUGCUGAGCCAGUAUGUCAGCACGGUGGACGACCGCAGCAACAUCGUGGACUUCCUGGAGGAGGACCGGCUCCGGGAGCUAGAGGAGGACGAGAUGCUACAGAACAUGAUCCAGAGGCUGGACCUCCAGAGAAACAGUGGAGACCAGAAGAAGAAGUCCAAGUUCAGAUUGUCCAGGGUCUUGUCCCUGAGGAGCAAAAGCAGGACCCCUGAGUGAGCUGCCUGGCUGGCUACAAGACCCUUGCCCCUAGUCUGGGCAGGGCGGGCACCGUGGGGGUGGGGACCUGCACCCCCCUCCCUGUGGGUUCUGAGCCGCCACAAUAAAGAAAGUGACCACA